AUGUCCACGCCUGCUGUCGCUCUACCUUCAAAAAAGACCUCAUCUUCUCCGGCACUCGAGAGUUCUCUGGUGGAAGGCCUGCGCAAAGAAGCCUAUAGUGAGCUGCACAGACAAGUAGAGCCCUACAACGAUAAAUUUGUGGCAAAUAUGCGGCACAUAGAAGCCAUUGAAGGUUCAGGAGUGCCUUUUCAGACCCUUUUCGGAUCUCUUUCAAGUGACACCACUGGCAGCGAAAAGAGCAAACACAACCAAAAUGUCGAUACUUUGGAGGACCUUAUUACAACCAUUGGCAAGGGUAGUAUCAAGGACUAUAGUGUAUUUACAGAAUGGGAACUUUCAAAGAACCCGCACAUGGCGUACGAUGAUCAAGGAGAGUAUGGUAAUCUCUGGUAG